CUCAUCCGCCAUCUUUCCUCUUGGAGCAUUCGAACAGAACAUUUCGACGGCCAUGCGCACCGCGUCCUGUGCUGGAAGCGCGGGAUCGAGCCCGACAGAAGAGGACGCGGGCAGACGAUCGGCCGCUGGAGACCUUAUUUCGGCGACCCUAAAAUAAAAGAUGAUGAAUCCCAGGUUGAAAAUAUGUGCCCUGGUCCUGUCCUGGGGGGUACUUUGUGCCUCUGUGGGGGUGCCUAAAAACGAAAGAGAUCUUUUUGAUGAUUUCGCUGAUGAAAUCCGACCAAUAGGCCUGAAACUGCACGCUACACCAGCGGAGGCAGAUAGAUUAAAAAGAUUGUAUCCCGAAAAUGAGAAAUUCAUCGCCAACAUACCCUCAAGGUAUUAUGAAGUCAUCUAUCCCGUGCAAGUGCGCCAACAUCAGAAGCUGGGAGUUCUAACCAGGGAUGCUGGGGCUAACAAGACUGGGAAACAUUAUCACUCAACUUCUCUUUUAGUAAAAGCCUUCAAUUACAAAUUUAAACUAGAUCUGGAACUAAAUACUCACUUGCUGGCUCCAAAUUUGAUACAGAAACAUUUUCUACCAGAAGGAGCUCAGCAAAUUUCUACACAGGAAAUUGAACAGUGUUAUUACCAUGGAACAAUAAAGGAAUAUCCUGGUGGAAUAGCAGCGCUACGAACAUGCAACGGAAUCAGUGGAGUAAUUCAUGUGGGAAAUGAGACAUUUGUUAUCCAUCCAUUCUAUGGUGGUGAUAUGUCUCGCAAGCAUCCUCACGUGCUUUUUCGAUUCUUUCCCGAAAACAAGGGAAAGCAUACUUGUGGAAACACUGGUAUGCACGAAUGGGGAUUCAAGCAGUUCAGAAUCAGACCACCCACAAGAAUUAAAAGGGACGUUCGUCAAGUCUAUAAAUUUAUAGAAUUGGCAUUGGUUAUAGAUAAGGAGAUGUUCGAAAGCAGGAACUCUUCAAGAGCUGAAGUUGUUAGCGAUGCUAUUCAAAUAAUUAACAUCGUAGAUUUAUAUUUCAAGCAUGUGAAUACAAGAGUAUCAGUGGUAUAUGUAGAAACAUGGGCCCAUGGUGAUCAAAUUGACGUCAUAGCAGAUGUACGACAAACUUUACUCAACCUCUUAGACUACACAUCGCGAAAAUUAUACAAAGUAGCCAAAGAUGCAACACAUCUUAUUACGGGGAAACGAUUCAGAGGAAGUGAAGUUGGAAUGGCUGUUCCAGAUAGUAUUUGUACAGCUAAAGCUGUGGGCAUUAGUGAGGACAAUAACAUCUAUGAGCCUCAACUUGUCGCUAGUACCAUCACACAUAUGCUAGGUCAUAAUUUAGGAAUGGGGCAUGACCAUACAGACGGUACUGGUCAGGGUCCUGGUAAGUACAGUACAGUAUGUAUUUUGUAGCAAGCGUAUUUGCAGAUUCUAAAA